AUGCCUCUGACCUCAAAAUAUCUCUCACAGAUGCCUACAGCAGACAACUCGGUUUCUUUUUCCAUACUACCGUCCCCUUUUCAAACAGUGCUUCACAUUAACAACACACAACUACAGCAGGCCUUCCAAAGGGUUGGAGAAAUCGACACUGAUGUAAGAAACUCUGCAGUGAAUCGGACGCUGAUCACAAACAUUACCAAACAACAAAAAUCAGAAUACUCAAGUAUUAUAGCAGAUUUAAUUCCGUUGUAUGCAAAAAUCAAUCGUCUAAUUCCAUUGCAUUACAUAAUUACUAAGAAUAGUGAUACAGCAGCAAGGAAUUUUAUAACAAUGGUAACAAAAAAACAGCAGUAUUGUAUUGGAGAUAAAUAUUUAAUUCAACAACAGUUCAUAUCACUACCUGAAGAGCGAUAUUUUUUAACAAUUGAAGAACUACAGAAACAUAAGGAGUUGCUCCAGGAGCUCGAGAAAUGUGAAUGUGCUGUGGAAAAGCUGCAGAAUUCGGGCGGGCUUGCUUCAAUUAACAUUCUAUUUGAUACGAAGAAGGUUUUCGAUUCAGAAACACUGGAUCAAAUAAGACAAGAUGACGCGACCAGCCACCAAUUUUCAUCACCUCCACUGAAGUAUGGUGCUGGCACUCUUGCAAAGUUUCUUUCUUUAGUUAAAGAUGAUUCGUUGGAUGAUCUUACGAGCCGCGUAGGUGAUAUAAUUCUUCCAAAAAAGAAUGUAAACGAUCCAUUAGCAAAAGGGUUAAACCGAUCUCAAAUAUAA